AUGGAGAGGAGAGACCUCUCUCGCGAAGACUGGGAGGAGAUCGAGCAGCGCUUUUCAAAUAUUGCCCAGACGAGCACACGAAUCUCAAACAGCAGGAACACGGGUGGUGCUGCAGCCACUGCAGAUUCAGACUGCGAGGUUGAGGACUUGCAGGCCAUCCUCGACGACGCCCUCCGUGGAAUGGAUCGAUUAGAUCCACAACGAGCGAAUGCAGCUGCCGAGCAAGCGGGACGCCUAGCUGAAUCAUCUGGAUCAGACUCUCGGGCGGGGCCGUCGGCGCAUACUACUUCUGGCUUGCCCCCCGCCGCCCAACAACAAGCUAUUGACUCGAGAGCCAACACCGGACAGAAUCAACGUAAUCCAUCAGCUCAAGCGCAGCAUCAACAGACUUGCGAAUCUUGCGGCACAAAUACCACCCCGGAAUGGAGACGCGGUCCCACCGGCCCCAGGACGCUAUGUAAUGCUUGUGGGCUCUAUUAUGCCAAAUUGCAGCGACGCCGUGCCAGGGGUGAAGAGGAUCCAGAAGACGACGAAAGCAAUUCUGGUGGCGGAAGUGUUGGAGAUGGAUCAUCAAACGCAGGAGGUGGUGAUGGCAUCACGAUUACUGCAUGA